CCGAACCUUCGCCCGGUUUGGAUUUGAACCGUAACCGCCGGUUCGAAAACCGGCGCAAGUCUAAAUGCUUGUGCUUCACCUACGGGCUGGGUCUGGAAGGUGAAGUUUCGAGCCCUAGAAGGUCAAUGGCUGACCAAACUUUCUAUACAGCUGGUAAAUUGUAGGGCUUGAGAAAGGGUGUUGUGGUUCAGUCUCAUGUCUGGGUCAAGGAAAAGGAAUUUGCCGUCAUGGAUGAGUUCCAGGGACGAUGAAGAUGAUGAUAGUGAAAAAUCGAAGCAAACGAAAGGCCGUGGGGGAUCAAGGAAGGAGCAAAAUGGAUGUGAUCAGGAAAGUAAAGGGGAGGAGAGUGUUGAUUAUCCUGCAGGCUCAGUUGCCUCGAAUUUCUCGAAACUAAUGGAAGGGGUGGUGUUUGUGCUGUCGGGGUUUGUGAAUCCUGAGCGUGGUAUAUUGAGGUCGCAGAUGCUCGAAAUGGGGGCCGAAUAUCAGCCUGAUUGGAACUCGGAUUGCACCCUUCUUGUGUGUGCAUUUGCCAACACUCCCAAGUUUAGGCAAGUUAAAGCUGAUGGAGGAACUGUUAUAUCGAAGGACUGGAUCUCUGAAUGUUAUACUCAAAGAAAACUAGUUGACAUAGAAAUGUAUCUAAUGCACGCUGGCAAACCUUGGAGGCGGCAAACAAUUUCGCAUCAAGCCAAACAAGAUAUAAAACCGCCCACAUCUAGAAAAUCUUCAAAACAAGAAGAGAAGGGAUCAUGUUCAAAGAAGACUACCGGUACUUCCAAGGUGAAAGGUUGCUUUUCUCCUUCGACAGUGAAGAAGUGGGCGUCUGAGGAUCUUAAAAGAACCAUAUCGUGGCUUGAAAAGCAAGAUGAAAAGCCGGAGCCUGCUGAGGUAAAGAAGGUAGCCACAGAAGGAAUCCUGACCUGUUUACAGGAUGCCAUUGAUGCUUUCAAACAAGGGCAGGGCAUUGAACAGAUAAUGGAGCAGUGGGGCUGCGUUCCUCGGCUGGUUGAGAAGCUGGGAGAGCUGGAUGGCUCAGGUUCGCGCAGCAAGGACGAGCUAUGCAGAGAGGCAAUGCUCUCGAAGCAAAUGUACGAGCUGGAGUUCCUCAACAUGGAGAAUGACGAGGAUGUUGCAAGCAGCAGCAGAAAUAAACGUGUGAGCUCAAAAUCCGGCAACAAAAAUGGCAGCAACACCGGAGGAGACGGGGCCGAAUCUCCUUCCUGUGAUAGCGAUGCGACAAUUGAAAUGACUGAGGAAGAAAUCGAUCGGGCUUACGGAGCAGUGGGUGCUUGUUUGUAGCCUGUAGGUACAUAUUGUGUUGUGUAAAUUUGCUAAUGUUUUGCUGCUACAUCCAUCAUCAUGUUUUCUUUUGUUCAGGCAGACUGCUCUGUUUAUCUAAAUACUUUUGGGGGGUUUUGAUUAAUUAGCUACGGUCAUUUUUUUUCUUUAAAAAAUUCGAAAUCU